AUGCAGCCGAACGCAUGCGCGAUCAAAAAAGCCAAAGACGAUAUGUCACAGCCAUCGAGGCCAGGGGAAAACGGAGAUGCUCCUCGACGGCGGAAUGACUUGCCUCCUGAGGUACUAGAUAUCAUAAUCCCCGCCCUGCAGGUUGGCGGACUUUCCGGAAUGUCCGGACUUCUGGUAGGAGGAUUUGCAGGUGUAAUACGAUCCAAUGCACCGUUUCUCUUUGCCCUGGCUUCCGGAAUCCAAUGGUCUGUCCUUGGAGGAACUUUUUGGGCAUCAAGAGGUGUCGUUCUACAUGCAUGGGGUAAGGAAAAAGUCACCCCAAGGGAGAAGGCAUCAGCCAGUGCUAUAGCUGGAGCAGUCGGUGGUACAGCUGGAGGCCUUUUACGAGGACGAAGAAAUGUUCUUCCAGGAGCAGUCAUGUUUGCCCUCUUCGGAGCAACCGGUCAGGUUUUGUACAAUAUGGCAGAUACGCGAAAUUCCGAGCGUUCCCAAGCUCUGGAGGAGGAGAGAGAUCUCAAAACGUCGUGGCUAAACUCAAAGUGGAGUCCCAUGAAGGUCUUGUCCGAUGCUGAGUACGAGGCGAUGCUGCAGGACAAGCUUUUGAGCAUCAACGCUCAGAUAGCGCUGGUCGAUGAGAAUAUUGAGGCUCUGCGCAAUCAGAAACGCGAGGUAGCUGCCAAGAAGACUUUAGACGAUUCAUGGUCCUCGAAGUCGACUUAG